AUGCCGCCGCAGCGAGUCUUCGCCCUGCCGAGGCAACAAUCUCUGCUGCUGCCUGCGGUCAUCAACCCGUUCGUUCAAGACACCAAUCUAACCAAAGCUACUAUCCUUAAAUGUGUCCUCCUGGGGAUCUUCCUGGUCCCUGUCCGUGCCAUCUUUCUGUCCCUGGUUCUCAUGGUGACAUGGCCAGUGGCCGUCAUAAUAACCCUCAACCAUCCUCUGAAAGGAGCCGUGGAGCCAAUGACGGGCUGGAGACGGUUCAUGUGUCGGAGAGUGAUGGCUGCCUUGGGGAGGGCUUACUACUUCUGCAUGGGCUUCAGAGUGGUGGUCAAGGGCAAGCAGGUUGACAGCAGCGAGGCCCCCAUCCUGGCCGUGGCCCCCCACUCCACCUUCUUUGACGGGAUCGUGUGCAUCGUCGCGGGCCUGCCCUCCACCGUCUCCCGGGUCGAGAACCUAGCUACACCCAUCUUUGGCAGGUUUGUGCGCUGUCUUCAGCCAGUGCUGGUGUCCAGGAAAGACCCAGACUCCAGGAAGAAUACAAUCCAGGAGAUUGAAAGCCGAGCCAAGUCAGGAGGCCACUGGCCACAGGUCCUGAUAUUUCCAGAGGGAACGUGUACUAAUCGGUCAUGUCUCAUCACGUUCAAACAAGGUGCCUUUAUCCCAGGGGUCCCUGUGCAACCUGUGAUUAUGAGAUAUCCCAACAAACUGGACACGGUGUCUUGGACUUGGCAGGGUUUCAGCUCGAGGACGCUGCUGCUUCUGACUCUGUGCCAGCUGUACACCACAGUAGAGAUAGAGUUCCUGCCGACACAUAUCCCCACAGAGGAGGAGAAGAAAAGCUCUCCUCUGUUUGCUUGCAGAGUGCGAGACACUAUGGCCCAGGCUUUGGGAGUUCCAGUGACAGACCACACAUAUGAAGACUGCCGUCUGAUGAUCUCAGCCGGUGAGCUAACGCUGCCCAUGGAGGCCGGUCUGGUGGAAUUCACCAAAAUUAGCCGUAAACUGAAUCUGAAGUGGGACAACAUGAAGAAGGAGCUGGAGGGCUUCGCAGCCAUGGCCAUCUCUUGUAAAGGAGGACGAAUCACCAUCGAGGAGUUUGCCAGUUUCCUGAAGCUGCCUGUCAACCCAGCCCUCGAAGAGCUGUUUGCACUGUUUGACAGGAACGGAGAUGGCACCAUAGACUUCAGAGAGUACGUCAUCGGCGUGACCAUCCUGUGUCGACCAGCUAACACCGAGGGUGUGCUUCGAAUGGCUUUCCAGCUGUUCGAUACAGAUAAAGAUGAGAAAAUCACCCGAGAGGAGUUUACUGCUCUGCUGCGCUCUGCUCUGGGUGUGUCCAAUCUGAACAUGGCCAAGCUCUUCAAGGAGAUUGAUGCUGACGGCUCUGGUUUCAUCACCUUCCCUGAAUUUCAAGACUUUGCCACGAGCCACCCGGAGUACGCCAAGCUCUUCACCACCUACCUGGAGCUUCAGAGAUACCAAGCAAUGCAGGAGGCGUGUCCAGGUGACCUGGAAUUAUCCGGCCAGGCCUGUUCAGUGGUAAAACAGGAGGACAGCACCUCUGACAAAAAAGAUGACUGAGACUGAGAGGAUGGCCGUGAACUCCUACUCCUUGACUGCACUGAGAGACAGAACACUGUAUCCACUGCGCUGAGAGGGAAAAAGCGACUGCCAUCUGCCCCAUGACUUUUAACAGAUUCAAGUCAUUUGCCACAACGGAGCCACAUUAAGUCAUGUGCUUGCCUUUUUAUAGAUGGAUUUUAGAGUGCUUCUAUUUUCAAUUUUUAGUGCCUUAUAGAGAUUUCAAAGAACCACUUCCCUGAGUCACUGCACAAGAAAUAUCGUAUUGCAGACUAUUUUAUCCCUAAAGUUUUGUGUGUGCGUGUGUUUUGGUUAUGUGUUUAUCAUAAAAAAAAUAAAAAAUUUAAAA